CGUGGCCGCCCGCGACCCCGCCGUCACGUUGAGUUGUUGAACCAGCACUAUAUAUAACGCACAAACAGUACAACCUCCAAUUCGUACCCAAAAUUCUGAUCUUUUUGUUUUCUGAAAACCCAAUUUCCUCUCUUUCCCAAAACCCAAAAAUUCGUCUUCUACUCUUCGAAUCUAAGAAAUCCAAAAGAUGGCCCGUACGAAGCAGACUGCUCGCAAGUCCACCGGAGGCAAGGCUCCAAGGAAGCAACUUGCCACCAAGGCUGCUCGCAAAUCAGCCCCAACCACCGGAGGCGUGAAGAAGCCUCACAGAUACCGCCCUGGAACUGUUGCCCUCCGUGAAAUUCGCAAGUACCAGAAGAGCACAGAGCUGCUGAUCAGGAAGCUCCCAUUCCAGAGGCUGGUUCGUGAAAUUGCCCAGGACUUCAAAACCGAUUUGCGUUUCCAGAGCCAUGCUGUUUUGGCCCUGCAGGAGGCUGCCGAGGCAUACCUUGUUGGGUUGUUUGAGGACACAAACCUCUGUGCCAUUCAUGCCAAGCGCGUUACAAUCAUGCCCAAGGACAUCCAACUUGCCAGGAGAAUUCGAGGCGAGAGGGCUUAAGGCAGAAUUAGAAGCUACAAUAUGUAAAGGGGGCUUGGUGGGCAAAGCUUUGAUUUGAUUGAAUUUGUCAUGAGUUCAUGAUUAUAGGGCUGGAAUGGUUUUGAUUUUAGGGUUUUUAAAGUUUGUUUGGUUAAUUUGUAAUCUUUAACGAGU